AUGCCCGUGAUGGUGGGCGACGUGCGGUACCUGGACCACACCUCCCAGAUGAGCGUGCCGGCCCCCACCACGCUCAGGCAGCAGCACAGCAUCCACAGCAGCCUGGGCACGCCACCCCGUCACCGCCGCUCCUUCCGCCCUCGCCAAGGGAGGCAUAAAAGGUCGGUGUUCAACCAUAAUUUGUGUGGGAAUUCCGGGCAGCGCUAUCCAGAGCAAUCUCCUCGCCGUUUCUCAUCUGCGCCACCGGAGUCUACCACUGACCGGAGGCCACGGGCGCUGGCGGCGGUGGCGGGGACGGGGGGGAGGAGGGGGGGGGCAGAGGAGGAAAUGCAGAGCGCGCAGCGAGUGCGCCAGGCGCGACUUUGCAUUCAGAUUAUAGCAUGUUGCUAUGCAGAUACUCCAGCCAACUGCUCUUUUGCUGAUGUAAGCGGAAAGUGGACGUUUUAUGAAUCAGAACGUAAUAAGUACAAACAUGAAAAUUGCUCAGCAUUUGAAGCGAUACGAAAAAUUAAAAUAGAUUUGCAAUAUCCAAAUAUUGCUAAAGAUGAGUUUGGAAAUUUUGGAACUUGGACUAUGGUUUACAAUCAAGGUUUCGAAGUGACAGUUAAUGAGCGAACGUAUUUCGCGUGGUCAUACUACAUUAAGGAUGGUCCCAAUGUCACCAGUUUCUGUGACAAAACUUCGGCUGGUUGGUCUCACGAUGUGACAUUAAGACACUGGGCAUGUUUUUAUGGAAGGAAACAGAGACCAAUGCCUCUUAAAGUUCACAGGGAUCCUUUUCAUUCCCUUUUGUUGGAAUCAUCUGGCCCAACUCAUCAAGACUUUUCAAACUUGGCAGAAAAGAUUAACAGGAAACAAAACAAAUGGGAGGCUGCUGUUCAUGAACCUUUUUUGACAAAGACUCAUGCAGAGUUACUGAAAAUUCGAGGAGGAAAAAUGUCUUGGCUAGCCCACCGUCCACAGCCAGUGCCUCCUACACGCGAGUUGAUGUUAAAGGUUGCUGGUCUUCCUCAAUCAUUUGAUUGGAGAAAUUUGGAAGGAGUCGAUUAUGUAUCUCCUGUAAGGAAUCAAGCUUCUUGUGGCAGCUGCUAUGCAUUUUCAUCCAUGGGUAUGCUUGAAGCAAGAGUCAGAGUACAAACAAACAACACCCAGACUCCCGUAUUUUCAACUCAGGACAUUGUUAGUUGUAGUGAACUGUUUCAAGGCUGUGAAGGUGGAUUUCCUUACCUUGUAGCAGGAAGAUACGGAAAAGAUUUUGGAGUAGUUCUUGAGGAAUGCAAUCGAUACCAAGGACAUGAUGGUCCUUGCACAAGAGACAUCUGCUAUAGGCAUUACACUGCUCGUUACAAUUACAUUGGAGGGUAUUAUGGUGCUUGCAAUGAGUAUGCCAUGCAACUUGCACUUAUUCAAGGAGGUCCUAUAUCAGUGUCAUUUGAAGUUCAUAAUGAUUUCCUAAGCUAUAAAGGAGGAAUAUAUCACUACACCGGAAUUGAAAGUCCUUCAUUUAAUCCUUUCGUGUUGGUGAAUCAUGCUGUUCUUGUUGUGGGAUAUGGUGUUGAUGGCGCAACUGGUGAAAAAUACUGGAUUGUGAAGAACAGCUGGGGAGAAAGUUGGGGCGAGAACGGAUACUUCAGAAUUCGUCGGGGUGUGAAUGAAGUGGGAAUAGAAAGUAUUGCUAUCUCAGCAAUGGAAGCAAUUAAAAUAAAUUUUCUUCUAUUAGUAUGCAUUCAGAUUACUGCUUAUUGCUAUGCAGACACUCCUGCCAACUGCACUUUUGCUGAUGUAAGCGGGAAAUGGACUUUCUAUGAAUCAGCACGUAAUAAGAACAAACAUGAAAAUUGCACACUUAUGGGACAAGUGGAACGAAAAAUCAAAAUAGAUUUGCAGUAUCCAAAUAUUGCUAAAGAUGAAUUUGGAAACUUUGGAACUUGGACUAUGGUAUACAAUCAAGGUUUCGAAGUCACUGUUAAUGAGCGAACUUAUUUCGCUUGGUCAUACUACAUUCAGGAUGGUCCCAAUGUCACCAGUGUCUGUGACAAAACUUUGCCUGGUUGGUCUCACGAUGUGACAUUAAGGCAUUGGGCAUGUUUUUAUGGAAGGAAACAGAGACCAAUGCCUCUUAAAGUUCACAGGGAUCCUUUUCAUUCCCUUUUGUUGGAAUCAUCUGGCCCAACUCAUCAAGACUUCUCAAACUUGGUAGACGAGAUUAAUAGAAAACAAAACAAAUGGGAGGCUGCUGUUCAUGAACCUUUUUUGACAAAGACUCAUGCAGAGUUACUGAAAAUCCGAGGAGGAAAAAUGUCUUGGCUAGCCCACCGUCCACAGCCAGUGCCUCCUACACAAGAAUUAAUGGAGAAGGUUGCUGGCCUUCCUCAAUCUUUUGACUGGAGGAAUUUGGGAGGAAUAAACUAUGUAUCUCCCAUAAGAAAUCAAGCAAUUUGUGGCAGCUGCUAUGCAUUUUCUUCCAUGGGUAUGCUUGAAGCAAGAGUCAGAGUUCAAACAAACAACACACAGACACCCAUAUUUUCAACUCAGGACAUUGUUAGUUGUAGUGAACUGUCUCAAGGCUGUGAAGGUGGAUUUCCUUACCUUGUAGCAGGAAGAUACGGAAAAGAUUUUGGAGUAGUUCCCGAGCAAUGCAAUCCAUACCAAGGACAUGAUGGUCCUUGCACAAGAGACACCUGCUAUAGGCAUUAUACAGCUCGCUACAGUUAUAUUGGGGGGUAUUACGGUGGCUGCAAUGAGUAUGCCAUGCAACUUGCACUAUUUCAAGGAGGCCCGAUAUCAGUGGCUUUUGAAGUUCAUCAAGAUUUCAUGAGCUAUAAAGGAGGAAUAUAUCACUACACUGGGGUUGGAAGUCCUUCAUUUAAUCCUUUUGUGUUGGUGAAUCAUGCUGUUCUUGUUGUGGGAUAUGGUGUUGAUGGUGAAACUGGUGAAAAAUACUGGAUUGUGAAGAACAGCUGGGGAGAAAGUUGGGGCGAGAACGGAUACUUCAGAAUUCGUCGGGGUGUGAAUGAAGUGGGAAUAGAAAGCAUUGCUGUGCAAGCUACUCCAAUUCCUUAGAUUUCAAAUUAAGUGCUUUGUAAAAAUAUAUUUUUAUAAAAAAUUAAAAUGAAAACUGACAAAC